AUGCCUACCGAAGCUCAGAUCGCCGGCGGCCACAAGGCUACGCUCAACAACCCAAACGUGUCGGACGAGGCCAAGGAGCAUUCGCGCCAGGUCCUCGACAACGAGUUCAAUGGCGGAGACGUCCCCAAGUCGGGCGACAAUGAGAAUAAGAACCCCGGCAACGUCGUCGGCGGGCUCAAGGCUACUCUGAAGAACCCGAACGUCUCGGAGGAGGCCAAGGAGAGCGCCAAGGAGCGCCUGGAUAACAUGUAG